AUGGACGCCAGGUACUUGGGAUCUACAAAAUGUAGGCAGUCGUUUAAUCGUUCCAAUGAAGUUCGCUCUCUGAUCGGUUGGCUGGACUUGGCCGUUGACCUCAAGAUCGCGAAUGUCUGGUCUCCGUCUCAGCGAGGACAUGCAACGAGUUUCCGGUCGUCACCCGAGCUGACCAUUGACUCGCCCGUGUACCACCUGCAGGUAGUAAAGAUCACCUCACCGCCGGUCCCUGCACCUGCAGUUUACAUGACUCCGGAGGUAGAGGCCUACGUAGAAACGCCAAGAUCCCUGCGACGUUAUGGUCCUUCAUUGACCGACGCUUUGGACUUGGCCGUCGAUCGGAGGAUCGCUGCUGUCAGGCUACCGCUGUGA